AUGGACCUAUAUCCCACCUGCGCGAAUGUUUACUAUGCGAAAAAGAAAAGGAGAGCACAACAGAUGCAAGGGGAAGAUGGCUCGCAUAAAAAGGAGAGGAAACUCUACAACGACGGCUGGGAUGACGAUAAUCACGAUUAUAUCAUCAAGAAUGGGGAAAAGUUCCUCGAUCGAUAUGAGAUCGAUUCGUUAAUAGGUAAAGGCAGUUUUGGCCAAGUAGUAAAAGCAUUCGACCACGAAGAGCAGACGCAAGUGGCAAUAAAAAUCAUCAAGAACAAGAAGCCUUUUCUAAAUCAAGCGCAAAUUGAAGUUAGGCUAUUGGAAAUGAUGAACAGAGCGGAUACCGACAACAAGUAUUAUAUAGUUAAACUGAAGAGGCAUUUUAUGUGGCGGAAUCACUUAUGUCUGGUAUUCGAGCUGCUAUCGUAUAAUCUAUAUGACCUACUUAGAAAUACGAAUUUCCGAGGAGUGUCAUUGAACUUGACAAGAAAGUUUGCACAGCAACUGUGUACUGCCCUCUUGUUCCUGUCUACGCCGGAAUUGAACAUCAUUCACUGUGAUCUGAAACCCGAAAACAUCCUUUUGUGCAAUCCAAAACGAAGUGCGAUAAAAAUAGUCGACUUCGGUAGUUCGUGUCAACUUGGACAAAGAAUAUAUCAGUAUAUUCAGUCCAGGUUCUAUAGAUCUCCGGAAGUCUUAUUAGGAAUACCUUAUGACCUCGCGAUAGACAUGUGGAGUCUUGGAUGUAUUUUAGUAGAAAUGCACACGGGAGAACCGCUGUUUAGUGGGGCCAACGAGGUCGAUCAAAUGAACAAAAUCGUAGAAGUGCUAGGAAUGCCGCCGAAACAUAUACUGGACCAAGCGCACAAGGCGCGGAAGUACUUUGACAAAGUCCCCACCGACGGCUCGUACGUGCUGAAAAAAUCCAAGGACGGUAAAAAAUACAAACCGCCCGGCACGAGGCGCUUGCACGAUAUUCUAGGUGUCGAGAGCGGCGGUCCAGGCGGCAGGAGGAUAGGGGAACCCGGUCACUCGAUGUCCGAUUACCUCAAGUUCAAGGACCUAAUCGUACGGAUGUUGGACUUUGAUCCGAAGACACGGGUAACACCGUAUUACGCGCUUCAGCACAACUUCUUUAAGAGGACAGCCGACGAGGGGACCAACACGAAUGUCGCUGCUGCCAAUAGCGCGAGCACAAGUCCGGCGGUGGUGAUGAGCCAGGAUCACGGCUGCAAUAGAAAUCUCUAG